GCUUUGUCCUCAACAUCUCUGCGUUUGUAUAUCGUGGUCGAUGCUGACACGUCAAGUAGUGGACGAGCCGAAAUCGAUCGCGGCUGUGAGACGACUUGUUGAGGUGACUGAUAGCUCUCUAGAAGGAAAACGUCAUGAAAGCACAGAGAAGGUUCAGAAAGACAUCUCAACGGCCAUCGAAUUAGCAUUCCAGAAGGCGAACUUCACACGAGGCGUCAUGACAGACUCUCGUCUGGGCCCACAACCCGCUCAUCAUGCUAUAGAUGAUGUCGAGAGCAUAUUGGCAAUAGUCAGGCUGAAUACAACGGUCAAGAUCAACAAAAGAACUCAGCACCGAUUUUCUAGCCAUAGCACAUCUCGUCUGGUCACCCAGGCCCUUCAUGACAGUAUCGAUCUCGCAAAUGGCAAGUUCGAUAUACUCACAACGAAGCGCAGCACAGAAGCUGGCCGGGAUGUUUCCUUCAUGUCUGUCAUUACCUUCACUGCUGACAAAAGCCAAUACAAGCAAUUCAUGCUAUCUAUGCAUCUCAUCCAGAUACAUGGCCUCGAUGGUUCUAAUGUCUUGUCCCCAUGUAUAAUUGGGCACGCAAUCAUCCCUGACGACGCCCCUAUAUUACAGGCGAUUCGCGAUAAGAACCUCGAAGAGUUCAAACGACUUCUUGAGAAUGGAAAAGCUAGAGUAUGGGAUUGCGAUUCAGAGGGACGAAGUUUACUGAACAUUGCGAUCUAUCAUUUAGAACCCAUAAUGGUCGAAUAUCUCGUUGCGCAAGGAUUGGAUGUAAACAGUGUAGAGAUGUCCCUCGGGCCUUCUAGCAGAAGAGAGUUCGACAUCACCUAAUUUGAUAUGUACCCGGCGACCCAACGCCUCUAAUACCAUUCUCACAGGCAUAUUCUCCGAUUUCCUUACGUGGACCGUCCGGAAACCUCAGCCAUUCAGACUAUACUCCUGACAGCAGGGUCUGAUCCAACUUUCACAACGGCCGAUCGGUCUUGGAGUCAUCUGCAUCGAGAGUUGAGAUUUGGGAAAGUUGUGUGCCAUCCUCGCGAGUCUGCUCAGUACAAGUAUAUUCUCUAAUAGAUCACACAGGAAAGCCUACGGUUGUUAUUGAAAGCGAGUCAAUACUUCAUCCCUGUUGAUCUUGAAUUGCUAAAACUCUGCGUCGAGACCUCAGGACGAGAUACGUGGGCGAAAGUCCAACUGCUGAUAGCACUCGGAGCUUCCAACGGGAGUUCUGUUGACUGGAUGAAAACAGCCUUUCUUCACAUGAGAUAUCCCUUGGACACCUUACAUUACUUUCGGACGUUGUGCGGC